AUUACUUGUUGUUUGCUUGACCAGUUGCAUAACCUAACAUUUUGGCAGACGACGUUCCAAACAAAUCCAAUUGAAGUCCAUUGACUAACUGGUAAUUUAAUCAUCAUGGAUCUAACGUCGGACCUGGAAAUCGUCAAGGCUCACAUCGCAUCCUUUCCUGACUUCCCCAAACCGGGGAUACUGUUCAGGGACAUGUUUCCAAUAUUCCGGAGUCCUCAAGCAACUGCUGCUCUGGAAAACUUAUUGGUGGAACAUGUGAAAAGUCUUAAUGACGUUGACGUUGUCGUCGCUUUAGAGUCCAGAGGUUUUCUCUUGGCGCCUUUCGUUUCGUCAAAGUUAAGACUUCCGUUGGUGCCUGUUAGGAAGAAAGGAAAGCUUCCUGGUAAGACAAGGGAAGUGGAAUUCACUCUGGAAUAUGGAACGGAUACCUUUGAAAUGCAGGAGGACAGCAUUAAGCCUGGGCAGAAAGUUGUAGUGAUUGAUGAUCUCUUGGCAACUGGAGGAACAGGCAAAGCUGCUUGCCAACUUAUCAGAGACAUGGGUGGGGAAGUGGUAGAACUGCUGGUUUUGAUGGAACUCAUAGAGCUGCAGGGGCGUAGCAACCUCCCAUGUUCUGUUCAUUCUAUUGUUCAGUUCUAAAGGCCUGAACUUGAAGCCAACUAGAACCAAGAUACCUGAAACUGUGAAUACUGUCACAUUCCAUUUUAGAACUUCCCUUAUUUGAACUAUUUGCUCAGAAAAGGCUGUGACUUUUUGUACUUUAUAUUACUACUGUUUUCCUACUCACAUUCUUUCCUGUAUGUCUCUUUGUACGUCACACUAGGGACAAAUCAGAAAUAUUGAUAAGGUCAAUGUUUUGCCCUUUUAUUUUUCAAGAAAAAAAAUAAAAACACACCUAUUUA